CCAUUUACAAGUGGAUAGGCUAUUUAUUUACAGAUUGCUUUAUUUUUGUAAACAAAACAUAUUUUUCAGUAUGAUCUACUGGACAUAUUUUCUACACUGACAGCUUGUUCAAUCCACAAUUUGCUUUUUGAAUGCCUUCAAAGGAAGGAGAAGUUGUCUAAUUUGGGAUCAAAGUCACUAUGUGGAAAAAACAUUUUUUCUUUUGCUUUUUACUUCUGGCUGUGACAACAAACCAGAUAGUAUAUGGGCAAAACAGAAAGAAAGGGAAGAAUUCUUAUUCUCUCGUGCAAAAAGAUGAAGGUGAUAUGUGUCUCGUUGAUAUAGUCUUUAUCUUGGACAGUUCAGAAAGUGCCAAAAAUCAGUUGUUUGAUUUACAGAAGAAUUUUGUUCAAAACUUAACUGACAGUAUUUUCCAGAUGAAGCCAGUUAAGUCUCAGAAGUAUAAUGUCAAACUAGCAAGUAUACAGUUCAGCAGCACAGUCAGCAUUGAUCAUCCCUUUACAGCCUGGAAAAACGUGCAGAAUUUUAAAGAGAAAGUCGAGUCUCUGGGCUUUAUUGGCCAUGGCACCUACUCCUAUUAUGCAAUUUCCAAUGCCACUCAGCUGUUUAAAACUGAGGGUCGUAAGAGAAGUGCGAAAGUGGCUUUUUUGACGACUGAUGGUGUGGAUCAUCCAAACAGCCCUAAUAUCGAGGGUAUAGCCACAACAGCUAGGAGUCUUGGAAUACAUUUUUUUACCAUUGGCCUUUCUAAGAAAAAAGUCCAAGAAGAAAAAUUGCGUAUGAUAUCUGGUGAUUCAUCCUCUAAACAUGUCUUAUGCCUGGAUGAUCAGAACCUGAUAGUUGAUGUAGCAUUGGAACUGGAAGCCUUGCUUCAGAAGCAGUGUAUGCGGAAGAACUGUGGGUGUGAAAAGGGAGUAAAAGGAGACAAAGGUGAUUCUGGCAGUGCUGGUAACAGAGGGGAAAAAGGUGAGCCAGGACCAAAAGGAAACAAGGGCGAUGCUCAGAAAGGAGAUCAUGGAGAAAAAGGUGAAGAGGGAGCUCCUGGCUACAAGGGAGACAAGGGUGAAAGAGGAGAAUGUUUGUAUGACUGCUACAAACCACUGAUUUAUAGUUCGAGAGAAAGAGGUUUGGAAGGUCCUUUUGGCCCUAGGGGACCUCGGGGACCUCAGGGUAUCAGCGGACCUCCAGGUGAGCCAGGCCCAAAAGGCAUUCAAGGAAGCAAGGGAGAGCAAGGCCCUUUAGGUCCCUAUGGUCCUCCAGGACUCCCUGGCGUUGGACAGCCAGGACCCAAGGGUGCUCAAGGUCAAGAAGGUAAAAUUGGAUUCCCAGGACCUCCUGGAAUUGGUGAGCCAGGAUUACCUGGACCACGUGGCCCUGAUGGUCUGCCAGGUGAGAAAGGUCUACCAGGAGAGGGCAUUCAAGGCCAAAAGGGUGAAAAAGGCUCUAAAGGUGUAGCUGGUCCUCCUGGACUGCCAGGUCAACAAAUCAAAGGAGACAAGGGUGAACAAGGCCAAGUAGGACCACAGGGCCCAGCAGGACCACCAGGAAUAGGCAAUCCAGGAAGCCAGGGUAUACAGGGUCCACAAGGAAACCCUGGGGCAAAAGGAUCUAAAGGUUUUGGUCUGUCAGGUCCAAAGGGUCAACCAGGUGAACCUGGACAAAAAGGAGAACCAGGGCUUCCAGGAAUUGGUGUACGAGGACUUAAAGGAGAUAUAGGUCUAUCAGGACUCCCAGGAGAGAGAGGCAUGCAGGGAGAUCCUGGGAAGUCAGGGAAAAAGGGGGAAAAGGGCGAUCAAGGUCCAAGAGGCCCGGAAGGACCCCCUGGCAGAGGAGAUGUAGGCCAAAAGGGUGACCCCGGAGAGAAAGGAUCCCAAGGACUGAUUGGUUAUAAAGGAGUACAAGGCCCAGCUGGACCAAAAGGUGAACCUGGAGAGAGAGGACCACCUGGUGUCGCUGGAUCAUCUAUUCAGGGACCUGCUGGACCAAAGGGGGAUCCAGGACCCAAGGGGCCACCAGGAGAUGAUGGACUUCCUGGAAAUUCAAUAAUGGGACCAACGGGUAACCGGGGACUACCUGGUCUACCUGGACCCCGUGGAGCAAAAGGCGAUGGCCACAAAGGUGAAGCUGGACCUCCAGGACCAGCAGGCCCCCCAGGACCAGCAGGCCCAAAAGGCGUGGGAGAUGCUGGACCGAAG